GCUUGUUGUAAGUGAGCAGUGAGCACUCCUCCCCUCCAGCAUCAGUCUCUCCGCUAGUUAGAGGAAGGUGGAGUGAGUGCCAACGAACACUCUGUCCAACGGCGUAAAACAACUGUCUCAGACAACGUUACGGGACAUUUUGGACACGACCUUUUCUUUCUUUCUUUUCUUUGUGGGUGUCAUGUUGUCAGCAAUGAAGGGGCCAAACAGUCGUCCCUCCAGAAUGGGUCGAAACCCCUUCGUACACAAGCUGAAAUUCACCAUGACCGAGAAGAUAAAGAUAGGACUGAUGUCGGUCACAGUGUUUCCUGUGCGGCUGCUGCUGGUGUCCUUCCUCAUGCUGCUGGCCUGGCCCUUCGCCUUCACAGCCUCCCUGGGACGUUCCGAGUUUGUCAUUGAGCCACAGUCAUGGUGGAGGAGGUUAAUAGACCUGUGUUUACGAGUGAUCAUGCGAGCCAUGUGGUUUUGCGGAGGUUUCCACUGGAUCAAGGUGAAAGGGGAACGGGCGUCACCCUCUGAAGUUCCCAUCCUCACUGUGGCCCCACACUCCUCAUACUUUGAUGCCAUCCCAGUCACCAUGACCAUGUGCUCUAUAGUCACGAAGCUGGAGAGCAGGAGCAUCCCCGUCUGGGGCACUCUGAUCAGCUACAUCCGGCCAGUGUUCGUGUUUCGCUCAGACCAGGACUCCAGAAGGAAAACUGUAGAGGAAAUAAAGCGGAGAGCACAGUCUGGAGGGGAGUGGCCUCAGAUCAUGAUAUUUCCAGAGGGGACGUGCACCAACAGGUCAGGUCUCAUCUUAUUCAAGGCUGGUGCUUUCAUCCCAGGACUCCCAGUACAACCAGUGGUGCUACGCUACCCAAACAAACUGGAUACUGUUACAUGGACAUGGCAAGGUCCUGGAGCGUUCAAGAUCCUAUGGCUCACUCUGUGCCAACCUCAUAAUCCUAUGGAGAUUGAGUAUUUGCCUAUUUAUACUCCAUCAAAUGAGGAGAAGGAAAACCCCGCCCUGUUCGCCAGUAAUGUCAGAAAGCUCAUGGCCAAGGCGUUGGAGCUGCCACUCACAGACCUGUCCUUCGAUGACCGUGAGAUCAGCCUAUCGCAGGGCCCGCUGCGCAUUUAUGACUACAGCGGCCUGCUGGAGUUUAACCAGCUGGUGUGCCGCUUAGGGCUGAGAGCAGGAACCAGAGACAUGGUGAUCGAGGAGCAGGCCAAGAGAGCCAGGAAGCUGCAGGGAGACAGACUGGCUUUAGAGGACUUUGCCCAGUUCCUCAACCUGCCAGUUACCGACACACUCACACAAGUCCUUAGCCUCUUUGACCAGCGUGGAGAUGGACAGAUAGACGUCAGACAUUUUGUCAUUGCCCUGUCUACUGUUCAUCGACCAUCAAAGUCAAUGGAGACCCUCAGACUGGCCUUCAAGAUGUAUGAGAGCGAGGAGAACGGGGACGUCCUAGAGGAGGACCUCGCCACCAUCCUGGAAAUAAUGCUGGGAGUGAAAGAGGUGGAGCUUUCAUGUCUGUUUUUAGCGCUUGACCAGCCUGACAAAGAGAAGAUCACAUACGAUGAACUUCGUCACUUUAUAGACAAACAUCCGUACUUUGUCCAGGACUGCCUUGACUUUAAAGACCAUCCACGCAAAUUAUGCAUCGGCCGACCUAAGAGCUGCAACGGCCAGAGCCACGACAAAGAUGACUGAAUGACGGACUCGAGAUCACACCAUCUCUAUUACCCUUCUUUAACUGAUGUAACAACAUCUGCGGAUGCUGCAGCUUGCCCACCACCUCUGUGCCUUCAUGUGCAGGUAGGGGAAGAAUAGAAGGAGAAUAAAACAGUGUAGCACAGAUGAUGGAAUCAGAAUCUCUACUCCAUCACUUAUUUCAUUUCUCUUCUUAACUUUUUUUUCUUUUUAGUCUCCAUUAUCAUAUAAAGAAUUUCUUUAUGUUCUGUGAAUAUAUUAUUUAUUUUAAAUGUAUUUUCUUACGUAUGAAGUACAGAUAUUUAAUUACAUUAGGUGAUAAAAGGAGGGGUACUUUUAGCCCUGUUGUUGACUUUGUAUUGAUGGUUAGCACUGUUGUUCUCAGGCAAAUGGACACUAUGACAAGGCGUUUAUUGCCCUUUUCUGCUGCUCCUCAUAACAUGAAUACACAGGAACAUGGAAGCUUAAUUUCAUGUAAAAAGGAUCAGGACAUGCAGAACAUAAUGCUGCCAUUCAGUGAUGAGGCUGGGGGGUAAUUAAAUACUGAAGGCAAAAUUGGCUCCUGAAUCUAGAGAAAUGAUUCCUUACUUUUAGCAGCUGUCUCACUGCCGAAGAAAUACAACCUCAAGAAAACCUUGAGAAAGAAUAAGUUUUGACAAGGACGAUUGAUGAGGAUCAUGGCCUCUAUUUAUCAAGCGUCUCAGAAUCCCUCCCAGGAAGUUAACCUAGAAGUAAAACCACUCCGAUGUCACAACAGGAGCUGAGAGUUAUUUAUGAAGCUUUCCAUGCUGACUUUCAACAGGGAGCGGACAUACAAAGAGAGUGUGACAUGUUUGAUUAACCACAUUCUCAGCUGCAGGUUUUAGACGGCAAUUUUUUUCUGUAUAUGGACAAAUAAUAUAGAUGACUAAGCUAUGUAUUUUCUAUAUGCAAAAGUGUGAUGUCAAAUUAAAUGAAUAGGUUUAAAUCUCAUAAUAAGUAAUCUAUUUACAUUAGGUUGUUUCAAGUAUUGUUUGUGACAGACGUUAUUCAUGACUGUUACAUAGCUGCAUUUUCCCUGAUGCAGCGAGGAUUUCGGAAAAAUAUCGGUCAGGUCGCCAUCAAAUGGUUAGCACUCUUCAGGAGCUCUCCUGAAUAUUACCUGGGAUAGGAGUCAUUUCCAAAGUUUAUGAAAUGUCUUGAUAGUAGGACCUAAUCAUGCAUCACAACUUUUGCCCAUUUAUUUAUUUCCUGACUUGAAGGGUUUGAUAAAUACAGGCCCAGGACUGACGCUUCAGUCGCUUGCUUCUAAAGUGACUGCAUGUUUGAUUGGUGGUUUUUAUCCAGCUGCAUUUUUUACUGGUAGUUUAAGAAAGAAUGUAAUAGUGUUCUUUGAGCAUUUCUCAGUUUUUAAAAUCUUAAACAAGAAGACAGCACACAUCUUCACUCUAAACCUCUGUGCAUUUCUCUGCUGGUUGAAAUAUUGAUCUUUUAUGGUUUAUGCUGGACUGACACAUUUUAUACCUUAUGACUGCAAUGUUCCUGUAAUGUUUAUUCUAAGACUCUUAAAUGCAGAAAAAAAGCUCUCUGCUUUUAUUUUACAAAUAAAGUGCUUUCAGUUUUG